CCAAGGACUCAGAGUUUCACUGGCUCUCAGACAGCUGGGAAUCCACGUGCAAAAAGACCCAGGCGUUUGGACUACCUGAGCAGCAACCCAUGAGUCCACUCAUCCAGACUCAGGAUCUAAACAGAAACUAUAUCCUUCAGCGAAGCAGACUGCAGACUCCAGACCUGGCCAGACGACGUGAGCCAUUGAUGGGCUGGGACAAGGCCUGGUUCCAGUACCCAGGACUGUGGGUCCCUGUGCUGGCUGUCCUGCUGGGAGCCUGCCAGGCACACCCCAUCCCAGACUCCAGCCCCCUCCUCCAAUUUGGGGGCCAAGUGCGGCAGAGGUACCUCUACACAGAAGAUGCCCGGGGGACAGAGGCUCACCUGGAGAUCAGGGCUGAUGGCACAGUGGCUGGGUCUGCCCACCGGAGUCCCGAAAGUCUCUUGGAGCUGAAGGCCCUAAAGCCAGGCGUAAUCCAAGUCUUGGGAGUCAAGACAUCCCGGUUCCUGUGCCAGCGGCCAGACGGGUCACUGUACGGAUCGCUCCACUUCAGCCCCGAGGCCUGCAGCUUCCGGGAGCUGCUCCUCGAGGACGGCUACAACAUCUACCAGUCCGAGGCCCGGGGCCUCCCACUCCGCCUGCCCCCCCGCAGCUCCCCACCCUGGGGCCUGCCUCGCGGGGGACCCGCCCGCUUCCUGCCGCUGCCUGGCCUGCCCCCAGCACACCCGGAGCCUCCAGGGGGCCUGGCCCCUGAACCUCCCGACGUGGCCUCCUCAGACCCCCUGAGCAUGGUGUGGCCUUCGCAGGGCCAAAGCCCCAGCUACGCGUCCUGAAGCCAUGGGCUGUUUAUUAUUGGGUCUCCUCUUUAUUUAUUGGGUUAU